CUGCACAAUUGGCUGACAGCUUCCUUGAAAAUGACCCAAGUGGAAAUUAGUUCCUCAGUGAAGGUGCUAGUGCUCUUGCCCCUAAUGACUAAUCUAUUAGUCAAAAAUCAAACUUGUCCAUGGCCCGUUAAUUUUACCUUGAGUCUUUCUCCUUCUUGAGCUAUGCAUAUGUUGACUACAGUCGUGAAGAACUUUCUUAUCUUGAAGAGUUAUAGUGAACAAUAGGAACUGAAGGAAUGAAUUCAGUGGUUUCCAAGUGUUUUCAUUGUAAUUCAGUGAGCUCAAGAAUCUCUGUGGUUCUUUCUUGAAUAAUGGGUUCAAGAAUUUGGAUCUGUCUGCUGCUUGUUUCUGUCCAAAUUUUACUUGUAGCAGCGCAGACGAAUAAUGACUAUAUUGCUCUAUUUGCUCUCAAAGAUGUCUGGCAAAACGCACCACCCAAUUGGGUUGGGUCGGAUCCAUGUGGCAGUAGUUGGGAUGGAAUUCGGUGCACCAAUUCACGUGUGACAUCUAUAACGCUGGCAAGCGUGGGUUUGGUUGGUCAGCUGUCUGGGGAAAUUGAAUUGUUGUCUGAAUUACAAGCUCUGGAUCUAUCUUACAACAAGGGUUUAACAGGAUCUCUUCCUCCAUCAAUUGGAAAAUUGAAGAAGCUAACAAACCUAAUCCUAGUUGGUUGCGGUUUCAGUGGUCCAAUUCCUGACACAAUAGGAUCUCUGCAGCAGCUGCGCAUUUUAUCUCUAAAUUCCAACAGCUUCACUGGAAACAUACCGCCUGCAAUUGGUAAUCUAUCAAAACUUUAUUGGCUGGAUCUAGCUGACAAUAAGCUUGAAGGACCUAUCCCUGUCUCACCUGGUCUGGAUAUGCUGGUUAAUACGAAGCACUUUCAUUUUGGAAAGAAUAAUCUCUCUGGCGAAAUCCCAUCUAAACUUUUCAGUUCAAAGAUGACUUUGAUACAUGUGCUUUUUGAAAGCAACAGCCUCUGGGGAAGCAUCCCUUCAACGCUAGGACUCGUGCAUACUUUGGAGGUGCUACGCCUUGAUAGGAACUUACUAAUUGGGCCUGUACCAUCAAACCUCAACAACCUUGUACACGUCCAAGAGCUGUUCUUAUCCAACAAUCGACUAACUGGCCCCUUGCCGAAUCUUACGGGCAUGACUCUUCUCAACUAUGUGGAUAUGAGCAAUAAUACUUUUGAUGUGUCAUAUUUUCCUCCGUGGUUUUCAACCUUAAAGUCCUUGACAACAUUAAUGAUGGAAUCCACACAACUUCAAGGUUCAAUUCCGGUCACCCUCUUCAGCCUUCCUCAAUUACAAACUGUUGUAUUAAGGACAAAUCAGCUUAAUGGCACUCUGGAUGUUGGCUCCAGCUAUAGCGAACAACUGCGACUUAUAGAUUUGCAGAACAAUUUAGUAGUUUCUAUUGGUGACUUUGCAAAGAUAGCAAACGGCAAGAUUAAGAUAAUACUUGCAAGAAAUCCAGUUUGCGAGGAAACAGGAGUGACAGAAGCAUACUGUACCAUUCAACAGCCCAACUCCUCAUAUACAACACUGCCAGAUAAUUGCACUCCUGUUAUGUGCAGUUCAAAUCAAAUUUCUAGCCCCCACUGUAGAUGUGCGUAUCCAUACCAUGGUACCCUGUUCUUCAGAGCUCCUUCCUUUUCAGACCUGGGAAACUCCGGUAUCUACACGUCUCUUGCAGAGUCAAUGAUGACGUUUUUCCGGUCCCAUCAACUCUCUGUGGAUUCAGUUUAUCUGAGUAAUCCGACUAAAAAUGCAGAUGAUUACCUUGUGCUAAGCGUAGAAUUUUUUCCAUAUGGUGAAGACCGUUUCAAUCGCACAGGAAUUUCUGGGAUUGGGUUUGUGUUCAGCAACCAAACUUUCAAGCCUAACAAUGUCACUUUUGGACCCUAUUUUUUCAUUGGUGACUUAUAUGAGUAUUUUGCAGAAGGAACUAAACGCAAAUCAUUGAGUAUUGGCAUAAUUAUCGGAGCGGCAAUUGGUGGUUCGGUCCUUGUGCUAUUGUCUCUCCUUGCAGGAAUUUAUGCUUUCCGUCAAAAGAGAAGAGCUGAAAUAGCUGAUAAACAGAACAAUCCUUUUGCUUCUUGGGAACAAAAUAAAAGGAGCGGUGAUGUUCCUCACUUAAAAGGUGCUAGAAGUUUCUCAUUUGAAGAGCUUAAGAAAUACGCAAACAAUUUUUCAGAAGGCAACGUUAUUGGAGCUGGUGGAUAUGGGAAGGUAUAUAGAGGAGCUCUUCCCACGGGGCAACUAGUUGCUGUCAAAAGGGCUCAACAAGGAUCUAUGCAGGGUGGUCAUGAGUUCAAAACUGAAAUUGAGCUUCUAUCAAGGGUACAUCAUAAGAAUGUUGUCAGCUUGUUGGGUUUCUGUUUCGAGAAAGUCGAACAUAUGUUGGUGUAUGAGUAUAUUCCAAAUGGUACACUGAAGGAGAGCCUUUCAGGCAAGACAGGAAUCAGGUUGGAUUGGAUGAGGAGGCUUCGAAUAGCCCUUGGAGUAGCAAGAGGUUUGCAAUAUCUGCAUGAACUUGCCAACCCUCCGAUUAUACACAGGGACAUCAAAUCUAACAAUAUCUUAUUGGAUGAACGCUUGAAUGCAAAAGUUUCUGAUUUUGGUCUCUCCAAGCUUAUGGGUGAUGUAGAAAAGGGUCAUGUUACCACUCAAGUCAAGGGAACAAUGGGUUAUAUGGAUCCUGAAUAUUACAUGACACAACAGUUGACUGAAAAGAGUGACGUAUAUAGCUUUGGAGUGCUAAUGCUAGAGCUGGUAACUGCAAGACAGCCAAUUGAGAAAGGCAAAUACAUUGUAAGAGAGGUGAAGCUGAAAAUGGACAAGACACAAGUCAGAUAUAAUCUUCACGAUCUUCUUGACCCAACCAUUUUGGACCUCACAUUGGGAGGAUUAGAUAAGUUCGUGGAUCUAGCAAUGAAGUGUGUUGAAGAUGCAGGAGCCGAGAGGCCUACAAUGGGUGAGGUGGUAAAUGAGAUUGAGAACAUUAUGCGAAUUGCUGGUCUAAACCCAAAUGCUGACUCAGCAUCCACGUCAGCAAGCCAUGAAGUGGAUAGCAGAGGGUACAACCAUCCUUAUAGUGAUGACAGCCUCUUUGUUUAUAGCGGAGCGUUUCCUCCUUCGAAGUUGGAGCCGCAGUGAGUAGGCGUGAACUUCCAUUUUCUUUUCCUUUUCUUUUCCCUCGACAAAUCAUAGAUGUACUGUGGUUGAGCAAGAACUUGCUAUGCUGAUGCUAUCAGAUUCCCAUGUUGUAGGUUUCUUGAGCAUGUGUUAGUUCAUAAGAUGAAAACAAUCCUUUCGUGUUUUGCUUAUUGAUUUGGUUUCUGACAAGAUGAAUCUCCUGAAUUUGGGUAUCGUUUGUAGUCUCUCUGUAUAUUUUUGUUUAACAAUUCACUAUAGUGAACUAGCAUUUGCAUUGUUGCCUAAUCAUAUUUGGGCAUAACUUGUAACCACAAAAUUGUUUGCAAGUCUCACUGUGAUGCAAGUUUUUCUUCCCUUAUUC